AUGCCGAGAGGCGGCUCUAGUGACCACGCCCGGAAGAAAAGCAUCCGAUCAACUUAUCAUACUUGCAUAGUCCGGAUUGGACCAGGUUGCGAUGCAAGUGAGCGGUUGGAGCAAGGAAGGCACCGGUCGGCGUAUCCGGAAAGAGUUAAGGCACCUGCUGUCCCCUUACCUGCUGCAAGGAAGGAGGUCCCCGUAGGUAUGUGCCAACGAGAGAGCGCACAAUGCUUUGACAGCUCUCCUCCCUGGCUUAAUGGACCUGCUGCUGAGAGUCUUAGAAAGAGUUCUUUCCUGUUUCAAUGGUACCGGUCUGUGGAGAGCUCUAAUCCCUAA